AUGGGCGAAUCAUUCACGAUUCAGAUCAGCAGCGACUUAGUUAGGAACCUUGUGGACGAUGGUGAGAAGGUAAAAAAGAAAACGAGGAAGCCAAAACCUAAAAUCAGCCGAGAGCCACCACAGGUGCCAGCUGGCAGUUCAAAUUUGACCGGCUGGCCCAUUCAGCCUCCUAUGUACCUUCCGACUCCACCUCAUCAAAAGCCCUCGAACGCAGAUCUUGAUGCAAUCUGCUCGGCUCUUGAGGCAAGCGAGAGGGUCGUGGAGAGGCUGAAGAAACAGGAGGAGAACAUGCUGAACGAGGUCACUCAAAGGGCGAAAGAACUUCACGAAAAGGAGUUUAAGCUCCCCAAUCGCAAACCGAUGCCGUGUUUGGAUGAAAAAGAUGCGUGCCUGAAAUGCUACAAGGAAAACAUGAAUGACCCGUUGAAAUGUGGCCAGUUGGUCGAGGGUUUUGCGGAAUGUGCGCGCAGGGUUAGGCAGCAAGUUGGUACUACUGAGAAUAAGUAG